AUGAAGAAAGGAAUUAGCGAAGACAAAGCAGAACUAUUAAUCAGAGAACAACAAUUACGCAGAGAAGUUUACAAUACCAUCGUUAGUUUAACAGAAAAUGUCGAUGAAGACAUGCUACAAAAAUCGAUAAAUAAUUUGGACCAGAGCAGUUGGAUGGAAUUAGUUGAGGAACGAUAUCUGGGUAGAAUAUGUGGCUUUCCUCUCUGUAACAAUGCUGUCAAAAUGAAAAAGUCUCAAAAGUAUCGAAUUGAUCUCAGGAGUAAAAAGAUUUUCGAGCGCUCCGCUGACGUGGACAAAUUCUGCUCUCGAGAUUGUUUUUUACGUAGUGCUGCAGUGAAGGCACAGCUAGAAGUAGAGCCAUUAUGGAUACGUGGCAAUUCGCAGAGUAAUUUUCCAAAUUAUUGUAUGUCGGUAGUUUAUACUUCUGUGCUACAAAUACAAAACUGUGUUCUACCUUUUUCCCUAAGUACUUCUAAUAAUUAUCUCCUGUUUUGUCACUUUUUAAUUUAA